AUAUAAUAUAUAAAAGUAGUACUGUAGGAUAGUGUACAAUGUAUUCUGAUGAAAAACAGUGUAAAAAUGAUGCAAGCUCUAGGUGCAAAAAAAUUAACAAUUAUUAAUAAUUAUUUCCAUCACAUCCUUUUCUAAUAUUAUCUCAUAAUGUUGGUACUAUAAAACAAUCGUAAUAAAAUACGCAUUCAUAUUUUUUACAGUUUUACAUGUUGAUCUCAAUGUUUUCAUUCGCCCGAUAAGCUUUAGUAAUGAAGGUCACAAAUGUCAAAAUCAGCUUUAAUUAUGUACAUACACGCGUUAGGAAUUCAAAUAGUAGUGGCAGCCCAAUGAUGGGAUGUAAAUUUAGUUAGCACACAAAAUGGAUAGAAUAUUAAGAGGUAUUAUGAGAUAUCGUGUUUUAGACAGAGCAAGCAUGGUGAAGCAAUUUGAGCAAGUUAAAGACAAUCCCGUGCCUAAAGCAAUUUUUUACACUUGCAUGGACAGUAGAAUGAUACCUACACGAUUCACAGAAACUUGUGUAGGCGACAUGUUCGUUGUCAGAAAUGCUGGUAAUCUAGUCCCACAUUCUCAAAGCUUUAUAGAUGAAAUGACUAGUUGUGAACCCGCAGGACUUGAACUAGGAUGUAUAAUAAAUGAUAUCAGACAUGUCAUAGUCUGCGGACAUAGUGACUGUAAAGCAAUGAAUCUCCUAUACAAAUUAAAAAGCAAGAAAGAAUCUAGUAUUGAACAGCGGCGAAUAUCUCCCCUUAAGUCGUGGCUUUGUACACACGGAAAUACAAGUCUUCAAAAAUUUUUAGAUAUGAAUGGCGAUUUCAACAAACCAAUGCUAUUUACAGCUGAAACGCCUCAACGGAAAUUUGUAGCAUAUAUUGACCCUGAGAACAAAUUCUGCAUAGAGGAUAAAUUGUCUCAAGUUAAUACGCUGCAGCAGCUUCAAAAUGUGGCGUCCUAUGGUAUGCUGAAAAAACGCCUAGAAAAACACGACUUACAUAUCCAUGCACUAUGGUUCGAUAUUUAUACUGGAGACAUAUAUUACUUUAGUCGACGAGCGAAACGGUUUGUUAUCAUCGACGAAUCGACGUAUGAAUCUAUACUAGCUGAAGUGAGGAGAUAUUACUCAUAGACAAAAAGAUUUAUACAUAUAUUUAAUCUUCUAAUUGUUAUUAUCGUUAAUGGUAAAAAAUAUUUAUUUAGCGCUUAUUAUACUACACUAAAUUUAGUUGACUUAUUACUGAAUUUAGGAAAGUGCGCUAUCAUCGAGUUAGUAUUUUAAUGGUUUCUGACUAGCUGAUUCAUUUAGAAGUCUAAUUGGAAAUACAGUUAGGAAGGUAAAAUCACUUUUAUUUACUUGAAACUUGAGUUAUUUUAAUGCUUCUUAACUAUUAUGAAAAGCGCAUUAUUUUUCUGAGAUAAUUUUUGGUCAGGAAGGUUUGGAAUAAUGAAUAGAUUUUUAAAUCUUGAUAUGACUUUUUUAUUAUCACAGACUAUAUAAAUCUUGCUUUGAUACUUUUACAUUCUCGUAUGACAGUAUUUAUUCUUAUUAAACAUUGUCACAAGAUCAAUAGUAAUUAAUUAAAUUAUUGAUCUAGAAUCCAGUCUUAGAUAAUAUCUGAAUCCGUUGGUUCUAAAUCAUGCCCAUUAUCUGAUUCAGUACUUAAAUUGAAGACAGUGUGAUUAUGGUUUAAUUUCUAAAUUAUCUUUUAAAUUUAUAUACUGAAAUUAGUGUACUGUAAUAAGCGCUGUUAUAUAUGUGGGAAAAUAAGCUUAGUAUAAACUUUCAGUUUAGUGCUAAUAAUAAAGAAUAAGCGGAUAUAAAGUAGGUAAUAAAUAAAAAUUGCUAUUUUGUAGGACAAAUUUUAUACAUUGUUAUUACAAAACAAAAAAAUCAUAGUUUAAUUAAUUGUGCUUUAAAUAUGUUUGUACUUUUGGGGCCAACUUUAUGUACCUAUUUUUAAGAAAACCUCUUAAAAUAAACUUGCUUUUACUUUU